ACUUGUAACUAUUAUCGCUGUACGAACCCUCACCUCUAUAUUUCAUAUUAAACUCGUCAAAAUUAAUACUUAGGUAUACCUAUCAGUUCUUGUUAUUUUUUUUGUAUAAUUAGCUAACACGCAUAUGUUAUAUUAAUUUAUAAGGUUGGUUACGUUACAAUUUUACCGGACACUAUUUUCACUGAGAAAUAAAAGAAGACUGGUUAGUAAAUAUUAAUAUCUCUGUUAUUAAGUUCUAUGUAAGUACUUCAGUAUAUGUAUUACGUUAUCGGUUAUUUUGCAACAGCCCAGCCCAGCCCCAGGAUCAAACGAGACGUUGACGCCAAAGAGAGUAUUGUAAUUCACGUCAAUCAUACUCCUAAGCCCCCACCCCUAGGUGGCAGGAUAGUGGGGGGCACGGUGACCAGCAUCGACCGAUGGCCCAUGGCCGUCUCCAUGUUGUAUUCCAGAACUGGACUUCUUUACUUGCAGGCCUGCGGGGGCUCCAUACUCAACAAUAGAGCUGUCCUUUCUGCAGCUCAUUGCUUUGUAGGUGACCAACCAAGACAUUGGCGUAUGCGUAUGGGUUCUACUACGGCCAGCGUUGGCGGUGUCGUCCACAACACAGCUAGGAUCAUCCUCCAUCCCAGCUUCAACUCUCGCACAACAGAUAGUGACGUGGCUAUCCUUCGCACCUCCAACACUAUAUCUUUCAACAAUAACGUUCGAGCGGCAUCAAUUGCUGCGUCCAACCUAAAUUUGCCUGAUGGCACAGCAGUGUGGGCUAUCGGAUGGGGAGCGAUUUCUUCCGGAGGUCUACCAUCGGAACGGCUUCGCCAGGUGCAAAUUUGGACUGUGAACCAGGCAAUCUGCCGGGAACGCUACGGUGCCAGAGGCCGCACCAUCACCGACAACAUGUUGUGCUCCGGCUGGCUCGACGUCGGUGGCCGCGACCAGUGCCAAGGGGACUCUGGAGGCCCUCUCCUACACAACAACGUGGUCGUCGGUGUCUGCUCCUUCGGACGUGGGUGCGCCCAGGCACGUUACCCUGGCGUCAAUGCUCGCGUGUCCCGAUUCAGUAAUUGGAUACGAGCUAAUAUGUAAUUCUGAACUAUGACAAACAACAUUGAUG